GGACCGGCAGGGGAAGGGCGGAAGUAGCGUGCACAAUCCUGCAAUCAUGGCUCUAGAGAAAAACGAUAGGGAUUACAAUUUGACUGAGGAGCAGAAGGCAAUCAAGGCCAAAUAUCCUCCAAUCAAUCAGAAGUAUGAAUAUUUGGAUCAUACAGCAGAUGUUCAGUUACACGCAUGGGGAGAUACGCUGGAGGAAGCAUUUGAGCAAUGUGCAAUGGCCAUGUUUGGCUACAUGACAGACACUGGGACUGUGGAGCCCCUCCAAACAGUCGAGGUGGAAACUCAAGGAGAUGACUUACUAUCUCUUCUGUUUCACUUUUUGGAUGAAUGGCUUUAUAAGUUCAGUGCUGAUGAAUUCUUCAUACCCCGGGAAGUGAAAGUACUUAAUAUUGAUCAAAGAAAUUUUAAAGUACGGUCAAUUGGGUGGGGAGAAGAAUUUUCACUGUCCAAGCACCCUCAGGGAACAGAAGUCAAAGCAAUAACAUAUUCAGCGAUGCAGGUCCAUAAUGAAGAGAAGGCGGAAGUUUUUGUGAUCAUUGACAUUUAAGACAUCGGAAAGAAAGAAAACACUCCUAUGGAGAACUGAUUUUUUUUCUUCUUUUUGAGAAAAUAUAAUGAUUUAAUUGCUAUAGUAUCUUUUUGUUAAAUGGAAAUUUACAGAACAGAAAUUUUUAACUUAAAAGUCUGACUGUCAGAAAUGGAAAAUCAGCUUUGGUCUAUAGUAACUUCUUCGAUGCUUACAGAGCUAUUCAGGUGCUUCCUUUGUUAAUUCCCUGCUGUAGCAGUAGGUGCCUCACACCUUUCCAGUGGAAUGAAGCAUUCCAGCUUGGUCCCCAAAAGGACCAGUGACAGGUGUAAAAAGUAAUUGGGAGAGAUCCCAGUUUGGAAAACUAUAAAAAUUAAUUUGAGCUGGA